AUGGACAUCCAACGGAUGCAUCACUAUCGCACAGGGAGCGGAAGCUCUUCACGCACAGAGAAUGGCUCGGAGAAUGACUGGACGAAGAUAGACGCGCAGAGCGACGCGCAGAGUGACGCGCAGAGUGACUCGGAGAGCGGCGACUUGGAGAGCGACUCGGAGACCAAUUGUGGAAAUGACUUACUCCCCGAAUCGUACAAAAGCAAUCAAGUGCGAAGUUUCACACCGACUUACACACCGAUUUGGGGGUUGGCCCCGACGGUUCAAACGUGCCCCUUUAAGAAUUGCGGCAAGGAAUUCACCUCGAAUGCGAUCUUCCGAAGACAUUGGGUUGUCCGACACGGGCCACUACCCACCUCGCAACGUGCGAAGAGCAGUUCCACCAGUCGUGAUAUCACAGUGCCUGCAUCUACCAAGGAAUUGUCUGAUAGGUUGUCGGGACUUCAAGUUUCGGAUGUCCCUCAACGUUCUCAUGACCCUCAUCCAGCACCUUCGAUUGCGUCCACUUCGGAUGCAUUUGCCGGAUACCCUGGGCCGGAGAUGAGGGACGGCCCUGGGCACAACAUCUUUCCAGCAAAGCCUGGAUUCGAAUCGACAAAUUCUGGACACAAGCUUCGUCCGCUCGAAAAUCCACAAGUUCAACUCGACGAAUCAGACGCACGUCCACUGGCCACUGCACCUGGAGGACCGUCGAUGGCAAAGCAGGGAGACCGAGAUACCCAUCGCAUCAUGAAUGAAUUAGUCUUUAGAGCUUUGUAUGACCUUGAGGUCAAAGUGCAAACCACUUGUUACCAGAAGACCACGGUCCAAGGCGAAGGGAAAGUGCCAACAAGGAAACGCACUCGGGGUCCUGCAAAACAGCAACAGCCACCGAGCCGGAAGCGGCAGGCAUUUUCUCAAAGGCAAGGUGAAGAAUAUAACCAAAAUGACAACGACCAAUCAAGUGACGACGAUUUGGACGGCCACGGUCCUGAAGACGGGAAAGAUGGUACGGGUGUAGGUGAUAUGGACCUGAAAUAUCUGGCCUGCCCUCUCUUUCGAAAGGACCCCCGAAGAUACGCGGCUUGCGCGAAAAGCCGACUCAGGCGAAUUAGAGAUGUCAAGCAGCACAUGAGAAGAAAGCAUACCAGACCGGAGUACUACUGUCCCACUUGUUGGGAAACAUACUCGGGACCCGACGAGCGGGACAACCACCUUAUUCAACGCUCUUGCAAUGCCUCGGAAGCAUCAAGCCCACCAUGGAUUUCACAAGAGCAAGACACUCUACUAGAAGGAAGAGUCCCAAAUGGAUCAACGGAGGAGCAAUGGUUCAGGGUGUGGGACAUUGUCUGCCCUGACCGUACACGCCCGGAACCUCCAUUUUGUUUCUUGGGCAGGAUGGUCGAGGACAUCAGCAUCAUGCGGCGAGAGCUCUGGGAAACCAAGGGUCCCAAGAUCAUCGAAGACCUCGUAUCUCAGCGAGAGGCCACGCUCCGAGAACCUCUCACAGAGGAGAACAGGAGUCUGCUUCAGAGAUGCAUCAUGGAAGCUGUCCGGCAUGUGCUGGAGCAUCCUGAUGUCACGCAAGCGAGAGAGGUUCAAUGGAACCAGGGCGACGGUCUUGCUGUAUCCGUCCCCGAUAUCCCUGAAGACGUUUCCCACGCAGUUCAUUUUCAACCAUGUGGGACGCAAGAUACCGGUAACUCCUUCCAGGAUGGUUCUUCUUCCAUUGCAAACCUCGGGCAGGCAUUCCAGUCGGAUGCCGCUCAGCAGGUCGAGUCAUUUUUUACGAAUUUCUGGCCUUCCAGUUUGUAG